AUGGAGUUUUCAAACACAAGGUUGCUCAGGCUGAAAGGUUGUUCGCCGUCCGCCGCUCCGCAGGGUCGAGCGAUGCUGCUGCUCAACGCCAAGAUGGGAUCCUCUGUCCUCCUGACUGUCUUCUGCCUCCUGACUCCUCUUCACGCCGCCACCGUCUCAGACCUCUCCCUCAAAAACAUGGACUUCGCCAUGAACCUUUACAGGAGGAUCGCCAGCUACCACGACAAGAACAUCUUCCUGUCGCCGCUGAGCGUCUCCGCCGGCUUCACCGCGCUGCUGAUGGCCUCGGCCGGCGACACGCGCCAGGAGAUCCUGAGGGGGCUGAACCUGGAGCAGCUGGAGGAGGCCGAGCGGCCCGAGGCCAUCCCCCAGCUCUUCCAGCUCCUCCACCACAACAUCAGCGGCAACGGCUCGCUCAAGCUGGAGCAGAGCACGGCCAUCUUCGUGCGCCAGCACUUCAACAUCGAGAAGGAGUUCCAGGACAACAUGAGGAAGUUUUUCAACGCCGAGAUCAAAACCCUGGACUUUUCCAACACGGAGGGCAGCGUCAGCUUCAUCAACGAGUACGUCAAGCGGCAGACGGCGGACAAAGUCACCGACAUGAUUUCUGACCUGGAUGAAUUCACGCAGCUGCUGCUGGUCAACACCAUCUUCUUCCAGGGAGACUGGGAGAUGCCCUUCGACCCAAACCUGACCCAGAACGCCCCCUUCCACAUCGACAACUACAACAUAGUGCAGGUGCCCAUGAUGUUCCUGGACGACGAGUUCUACACCAUGGAGGACGUCCCGCUGGGCGCCAAGGUCCUGAAGCUGCCGUACCGGGAGGGCGUCUCCAUGCUCAUCCUGCUGCCCAACAAGGGCCGGGACUACACCGAGAUCGACGACGAGAUCAGCGCCGAGAGGUUCCAGAGCUGGAUCCAGAAGCUGCGCAAAAUAAAGCUGGAGGUCAACAUGCCCAAAUUCAAGAUGGAGCAGUCCUACCCUCUGCAGAAAAUCCUGCCAGACUUGGGCAUUUCCAGCGUCUUCACCAACGCGGCCAACCUGAGCAGGCUGAGUCAGGACGGCGGCCUGAAGGUGUCAAAGGUGCUGCACAAAGCCGUGAUCGAGGUGGACGAGACCGGCACCAUGGCGGCCGCCGUCACAAGAAUCGGCAUCAUUCCCUACUCCCUCCCCAGGACCUUCACCGUCAACAGGCCCUUCUUUUUCUUCAUCUACCACGAGGACACGAGCUGCCUGCUGUUCAUGGGCCGAGUGAUCGACCCCACCAAAUACUGA